AUGGUUGAGCUUGAGAUUUGGUUGACUGCAGCUGUCGUGAUGCAGAAGAGUCCAUGGAAACUCGUUAUCCAGCGCGGAUAUAUGUUCCGAGUCAAAAUCAUCAUAAGUGACAAGUGGCCUGUGAGGCUGAAGGAGCAGGAAUCGGAGUCUCCACGCCGGGUCGUGCUCUUGUUGGCAAUGAUCCUACUGCGUGAGGCGCAAAACAGUUCCCACUCCGGCGGAAUAGAUAUCCAACCCCCACCCCCUAUCAGGGGUCUCUUGUUUAGAACGCUAGAAUCCAGGACGAACAUGCCCUGGUGGGACUUCAUAGAGUCUAGUCUAGUCCCUAUAUUGCGCGGGGCAAUUUCAUGGCCUAGAGCGUUUUCACCAGAAGUGACCAAGUCUUCUGAAAGGAAUGGAGGAGGAUCACAAAGCAUAAAGAUGACGGACGUGAAAGGGUUAUCACACACAUCCUUUACUAUUCUUUCUUCGAUCCUCGAUGUUCGGAAUAGGCUAACCUUGCGGAGGAUUCGAAUCACUUUCUCGGAUCGCGUCUUUGCAGUGGGUCUCGGGCGAGACUGGCGUGGCGGAGCACCUGACAACUUCAUCUUUGUCUCUUAUGUACCCCAGCUUUUGGCCCCAUGUGCUCAAACACUGGUUCCCCUUGGCCUUCCCAGCCCCCGGGAAUUGAGUUCUGCUUCGGUUCCAUGCAUUGGGCUAGGUAUAGUGCAAUGCUCAUCUUUAUUUGCAAAUUUGCAACAAUGUCUUGUGAUUGAUGCUAAACCUGAUUCGGCAGGUGGCUACGCUUACUGCUUUUGCCUGCUCAUGAGCAGAUGCAGAAAUAACAAAGUGGCACAGUGCUGGUUAGGCAACUCCGUGUGCUUCUCAGCCUCCAACCGUCAGCCGCAAGGUUACAAUAGCCCCUCUAUCAAGGCAUCACAUGAGAACCAUGCAUGGAGCCUGGCUAUUUCAGGACGACGACCGAAGGAAGAUGGAUCGAGGUACCCGAAGAAAGUGGGCAAUGGCCGUGGGGGCGAAAUCUACCAUCGCCCUCCUCAUGCCCCAUUCAAACUGCAUGGUCGUGUUGGUUUCUCCAUUACCCUCGUGGCUUCAUUUGCUGACGAUGAUGGCCACGGACAGAAACCGAAUGGAACGUCACAGAUCUCAGUUUAUCUCGACAGUACUAAGGAUGAAGCAGGCUAUUACGGUCAUGACUGA